UUUUAGCAUUUUUUUUUGUUUUUGUGCCUAACGGCUUUUAAUUCUUAUUUUUAAGAAAACCUUCUGGAGAUAGCACUUUAGUAAUCAAUGGUAGAAGUGUUAGUCAGAGUUAUAUUCGUAUGAACUCAUCCUAUAUUCCUCAAGACUUAACUCUCUUGGGCAAAUUGACAGUUCACGAAACUUUAGAAUAUGCAGCCCGAUUGAAAUUACCGCCUAGUGUCACAAAAUCUACCAGAUUAGAAAUGGUUGCACAUAUAGUGCAACUACUUGGUUUAGAAAAGUGUCUAAACAACUACGUUGAAAAACUAUCAGGAGGUGAGAAGAAACGUGUAUCAAUUGGUGAAGAACUUAUAACAAAUCCUCCAAUUAUGAUUUUCGACGAGCCUACCAGCGGCCUAGACAGUGUCUCAACUGUUCAAGUUGUUACUCACUUAAAGGAUUUGGCGCAUUCAGGACGAACAGUGAUAUGUGUUAUUCAUCAGCCGUCUUCGUACGUGUUGCAACUCUUUGAUGACGUUUACUUACUAUCCGAGGGCCAGUGUAUAUACAACGGACCUGUUGGGGAUAUCGUUUCCACAUUCGAAGAAGCUGGAUUCCCUUGUCCUCAGUACUACAAUCGUGCUGAUUUUAUACUCGAGGUUGCUAGUAAGCAACGAAAUGGCAAUUUAGACAUGUUAAUCUCUAAAGCUAGAGAAAGACCUACUUCAGUUUCUGAAAAUGGAUUAGGUCAGCAAGAUGAGAAAUUUAGGAAUAAAGUUCUAACUUAA